AUGGGAAAGAUUUGUCUUCAGCAACAAAACAAGCAGGACCUGAAGACAACAGUAACACAGCAGAAAGUGUGUCCGGAUCAUCACUCCAGGCCUGUCACUGGUGUAGAGCCAAACAGAGGAUGCAGAUUAAGCUGGAUUAAUACCUCUGCUUCUUUGUUUGAUGAUGAAGCAUCAGUCAGAAUCCAGCUUCAGCUGGAUAUUGACAUGAAGAAAGACAUUGAGAGUCUAAUAGCAGAAGAACGAGCUGAUAUCAUCUUGAAAUAUGCUACGGGCAGGCAGGGCGGGGUGGAGAUCUACCCCUGGGAGGAUGCUGAUUACAGCAUCUACAAAGUCAUCGACCGUUUCGGCUUCAUGCAUGAAGAUGAGCUGCCGGCACCAACUGCACAUGAAGAGAAGCUGAAGCAGCAGGAGAUCGAGAGAGCAGAGAAAUGGCUGAAGAUGGUGAAGAAGUGGGAUAAAUACAAGAGCAGUGACAGGAUGGUAAAACGGGUAUACAAGGGCAUUCCCCUGCAGCUCAGAGGCCGGGCCUGGGCACUGAUGCUGGACGUGGACAGGACCAAGAAGGAGAACGAGGGCAAAUAUGAGAAAAUGAAGGAGCAGGCCAGACUGUGCUCAUCGGAGAUCAAACAGAUUGACUUGGACAUCAACAGGACGUUUCGAAACCAUAUCAUGUUCAUGGAUCGCUUUGGAGUCAAGCAGCAGGCUCUCUUUCAUGUCCUCUCUGCAUAUUCAGUCUACAACACAGAGGUGAGCUACUGCCAGGGCAUGAGUCAGAUUGCCGCCCUGCUGCUCAUGUACAUGAAUGAGGAAGACGCCUUCUGGGCCCUGUCACAGCUGCUCACCAACCAGAAACACGCCAUGCAUGGCUUUUUUGUACCAGGCUUUCCAAAACUUCAGAGAUUCCAGACACAUCAUGAUCAGAUUAUUUCCAAGCUCAUUCCCAAGCUGAAGAAGCAUCUGGACAAAGAGCAGAUGUCUGCAGGCAUUUACAGCACCAAGUGGUUCCUGCAGUGUUUCAUUGACAGGACACCGUUCACCCUAACGCUCCGCCUGUGGGACAUUUUCAUCCUGGAGGGAGAGCGGCUCCUCACCGCCAUGUCUUACACUAUCCUCAAGAUACACAAGAAGCGCCUCUUGAAGAUGUCUCUGGAGGAGCUGAGAGAGUUCCUGCAGGAGCGCAUCGCUCAGACUUUUUUCUACAGCGACGACGUGAUCGUCGACCAGCUUCAGGCCUCCAUGGCUGAGCUGCGAAAGAUGAAGCUGGAUCUCCCGCCUCCAGGGAAGCCUGAGGAGCUGCCUCGUAAGCCGCUGGGCCAAGAGCUACCCGUGCUGCUGAGUCCAGUGCGGCCCUCUGAAGGGAAGCCAACCUCAGCUAGCGGCUUCCCCAAAGCCGGCCUGUGCCUCCGCAUCAUCUCCCACCAGCCAGACUCCAUAUCCCCAGACCAGAGCCCCUCCAAGGACCUUGUGAAUCUUGAAGGUGUGGACAAAGAGGAGACUCCUUUGCCUUCCCCAGAUCCCGUCAUCAUCCACAGCCAAGCCCCAGUCACCCCUGACAGCUCCCCACUAGCAGGGCCGCCGCCUUACCAACCCCCAUGGAGUCAAACUGUGGAUGCAGCAGAUCAGCCGUCACCACGGUCAGACCCGGAGAGGGUUGGAAUGGAAGCUGACACAGAUGUCCCGGCAGGACCUCCCUCACCUUCAGAAAUAACCAGCGCCCCGCACUCGGCCUCUACGGAUGACCUCACUGCAGACGCGCGUUCGUCCGUCACCGAUCAGUUCUCCUGCAAAGUCCCGCGGACUCUUUCGGCGCCCGUGUCUCAGGUAGCCUCGCCGGCUUUGGGCAUGGCCCAGUCUGAGAGUCUGCCUGCAGCAGAGCGGCUGCAGCUGCCAGAGCAGGCCUCAGCUCUGAGCACAAACGGGGACGUGAACCCGGACUCGAGUGCAGAAUCAGAGGACACAUCGGCUGCCGAUAUUUCAUGAGAAGAGCAAAAAAGUGUCGAAUGCUAAUUUAUUUAUGAGGCUUUUACAUGUAAAAAGGUCAAGUCUGUGAUUAAUGUUCUGGUGUGAUUUAUUAGUCAGAUUUACAGUGUUAAGCAACAGUUGCUUCAAAAUGUGCUUUCAGUUUUGGGACCAGUAUUUAUAAAAGUUUUGUAUUUGUCAAUUUUCAAACUGACUUUCUAAAGACUUUUGUAGUGGCUACAAGAAGCUGUUUCCACCUUCGGUCUUUUCAACCCUUUUUCAUGUUAGGUCACAUUUUAACUAGUAGAUUUUUGCCCUUCAUGUGGCUGAAAGUUCCAGAUGUAGGUUACAAAGACAAUAUGUCGACAUAGUAAAAGGCAGCUUGUUUGGUCCUAAAGCAGUGAACAGGACGAUAUAUGUGCCGUUCUGUUAGAUCCAGUAUGACAGUAUCCAGUUGUGGGAUUGGCAGAAGUAAAGGACAUGCUAGCUAGCUGUAAUUCUGGCUUUUAAAUUUCUUAAUUAGAAGAUGUCUGUCUUAAUACAACCCUCACAUGCUUUGCUAAAUAUUUAUAAGGUUUAAAAGGCUUAGGCCUGUAACUGAUAAGAAAUAAUCAGAGAGAUUAUUAUAUAAUUCUGAGAGAAUCAGCUGAGAACGUUUGUCAGAUUUAAUUGAUUUUCAGUUCAGUUCUUUUCUCCAGUCGAGCAGAAGCUUCAGUUGUUUGGUGCCCACAAACACCCCCCCCCCAAUCUUUCCCCUUUAACCGAACAUUUUAAAAAAACACCUGAGUACCAGCUAAAAUCCCCGAUCUGUGGAAAACACGUCACUUCAUUGUUCACCUUUGGGCACAAAGCAUUUUUGCCCAGAAUCAUACUGACUGAAUAAAACUGCCGUCACCUGCUUUAAUCAAGACAUCGUAUUCUAGGUCUGAAUUGGCGGGAAAGUCAUUUCCAAGGACUCCAAGUCUGAAGCAUCAUCCUUUACAACAGACGAAACAUUUUUGUAGUUUUUUAACUUUUUGUCUGCUCAGUUUAGGCCUUUGUAAAGUGUUUGCUAGGAGAGUUACAGGUUUAUUUUUUGUAAUAACGUCUCGAUGCCUUAUUUGGAUUGGCUUCAGUUCUGUGUUGGACCUCAUUGAACCUAACCUGACUCUACAUCAGGAAACAGAAGCAGCUUCCUGGUGCUGUACUGAUCGUGCAAAUCUCUGACGUGGUGAGCAGGCUCACUGUUGCGAUUAUACGUACUGAAACCUAUUGAGCUCAUUUCAAAGAAGUGCUUUUUUUCUAGCUCUGUAAUUUAUUGUUUGUAUCAUCUUAGAAAAGGCAUCUUGUGUGUUUCCUCCUUGAACGGUGAAAAUAUGCAGUGUUUUUCCAUCUGGCUUAAAGGGAAACGAAUGUGUAUGUAUCAGAUGAUUUGAACAUGUGUUUAAUAUUGUACAGUGCUGUAGAACCAGUAGGUAGACACAGCUGGGACUAGUUUGUUCAUCUGAAGGUAGAAAAACUUCUUCUGUUCUUAGAAAUAAUGAAAUGCUGACAUCUUGUGGUUAGUUUAGAUUAAGAGUGUCUCUUGACUUAUAGACGAGCCAGGAAGAAGAGAAAUGUUCUAGAAAGGUCUUCAUUUUUUCAAAUAAAUCUAUUCAUAUUUUACAAUUUAAUGCCAUUGUUUUGAAUUAUGUAAAUAUGUUUUAUGGUAUUUGACUAUAUUUACAUCCUAAAACUCUAAAUCCUCCAGGGUUGGAGAAAUGAUGUGCCAAAGUCCGACCAAUUAGCUGAUUGAAAUCUUGGAGGUGAAACAAUAAACUUUAAUUUUGA